GUUUGGUUUCUUCUAGCCGGUCUCCAAAUGCGUGAGCUUAUCUUUUUUCGAAAAUCCCGGAUUUUUAAUAACUUUCAGUUUACGCAUGUGCGAUCAGUGUACGUAUUGCCAACACAGUCGGCGCCAAAUGAAGAAGUUUCCCUACAAAAUUAAGCAGGACAUGAUUUAACUAAAACUUAUCGGUAUAUCUUAAAAAACUUGUGCAAGAUCAGGUAUUAGGCUAAUUUCACUAAUAAAUAUUUAAAAGACAAUGUAGUGUAGCGUUAAAAAUACUGCGCAAUUUGAAGGACUUCCGACCUGUUGGUUGAUAAUACAUGAUAUUACUGGAAGGAAUUGUGACGGUUAAUAUGAUAGUUUUUGUGAUGAUGAGAGUGUAGGAGUAUCGGUUCAGUUAACUAUAGUGCCUUGUAAAUGGGAUUGGUGUAAUUUAGGAAUUGCUAAAGGAAUUAACUCACAGUACAAAUCUGUUAUGACAAAUCAUAUCUCUUUCUUGGGCUGCACAAAUAACCUCUUACCACGACGUAACUUAUUAAGAACUUUUACAAAGCAAAUAGUCGUCUUCAGAGACGUUAAUAACUUUUUACAAUUUUCUUCUACAACUUUACAAGAUUUUUUAAUAUUAAUAUUUAUACUACGCUCGUAUGGCAAGAGGUCGUUUAGCCCCUUGCCAAACUACCAUCUCUCAAAAUGUUAACACUUGCGAUGCGUCACUCUCAACAUAGUGAAACGACAAGGGUGCCACCUACCGGGAUCAAUCCUGGUAAUAACGGAGAUGAGUUUGUGGAUAUCUUACAGGUUCAACAAAUUUUACUGGAUACAAACCGUCGAGACUCUACCGGACUGUGCCCAGUUGUCACAACGCAAUCAGGAGUACCUUCUCGCUUAAUGAUGGAUACUUUGGGUACAACCGCCACCCCUUCCUAUUAUUACGGGAAUCCGACUUACCAUCAGACACCACCAGGUUCAGCUGGUGCUAGCAUGGAUGAGUUAGUAGCCAUGUGGUUUAGUGGUGGGCCCAGUACUACCGGUACUCUUGACCCAGAAGAACUCUCUAUCGACCACCAGAACCAGCCUCACCAAACUUCUCCUCAUCACUCACCCAGUAGUUCGCACCUCACAGAGCGAGCGACUCCCCAAGAGUCUGCACUUAGUCCUAAAGAAGACAGUACUAAUCAUAGCACACUUAGCACAAUGUAUCCUCAUCAUUCGACCAAUAAUAACAUGGCUAAGAUGCAACAACACAGAUCAGUAUACACUAGUGCAAGCAGUCCAGGAAUGCAAAAUAAUAUUCAGAUGCAACAACAGGGAAGUCCACUUGGGAUGGGACAGCAGGGUUUAGGCCACAGUCCAUCAGCAGUUGGACAGUGGUUGCUGUCCAGUGGAGAUAAGCCCAUGUACCCAUCAAUGUUUGGUUUUUUACAAGGAACCGGGAGUCAAUCCAGUCAGAGUCCGCAACAAUAUUCUAGUGCAACUCCCUCACCAGCAGCGCCACAGUAUGAUGAUAGAGGGGCUGAACAGCUUAUGUUAAGCAUGGACUGUUCCCCUAGUUUAACUCUUAAGCAGCCACCGAGUUAUUCGAGUUGCUCAAGUACUACUACUUCACUUCAGUUGGAGAUGCAACAGACCGAUUUGACUUACUCAAGGGUAGGGCAAUCAAUCGUUGCCCCUUCAGCAAAAUACCAAUGGGAAACCCAAGAGUAUUCACCUCAGGGCUCAUUAGUACCUGGCACGAGCACUCUAGUACCAAAACAAGAGCCAGCGUUUUCGAGCUGCGGCAGUGAGAUGCAACAAGGAUCAGCGCCAUACGGUUCCGUACAACUUGCCGAGUACAAUCCAUCAACGUCAAAAGGGCAUGAGAUACUUUCGCAGGUUUACCAGCAAAGUCCGAUUCCGCUCAAGUUAGUGCCCGUAAAACCGCGAAAGUACCCAAACAGGCCGAGUAAAACUCCGGUACACGAAAGACCGUAUGCUUGUCCGGUAGAAAACUGUGACCGACGGUUCUCGAGAUCGGACGAAUUAACGCGACACAUUCGUAUCCAUACAGGACAAAAACCAUUUCAAUGUCGGAUUUGUAUGCGCAGUUUUUCGCGGUCGGAUCAUCUCACGACGCAUAUCAGAACUCAUACCGGUGAAAAACCGUUUUCGUGCGACGUUUGUGGACGGAAAUUUGCGAGGAGUGACGAGAAGAAGAGGCAUGCAAAGGUUCACCUCAAACAGCGGAUGAAAAAAGAGUCCAAACUAUCCUCGAGUUCUACGUCCACGUCGACAAACAAUAACAAUAGUUCGACGAUAUCGUCUCAUGUGGCGUCGCCGACGCACCAUCACACGCACCAUCAUCACCAUCACAUGCAUCCUCACCAAAUGUCCUCUUCACAUACAGUUACCAGUGAGGACGCGAGUGGACUUGAGAGGAUCAGCCACGCGCCUCUGUGAGAUUUGCCUAACGCCGAUCGGGUUCCGGUCGGUGACUGUUUUAUUUUGAUUCAAGAUGACUGUGAUUUAUCCAGCGUUGCCACUAGCAGCUUACCUGGCGAUGCCCCUAAGAUAGUUUUCAUCCAAAUUGAAAAUAUGCCAUCCGAACCUUUACUUUCUGCUGACUUAGCGGCAGACGAUGAAGUUAGAGAAGGUCUUCAUAUUAAUGCCGACGACACUGGCACAUCGGUAGAAUCUUUUGAAAAUCGCUCAACUACCCCUGUUCCGGACACUCCAACUUUGCUCUCGCUAGGUCAGGAAAUGUCAACAGGGGCUGCAAUACGUACCAGUAUUUCACUCUUGCCAAUGGAUGAUAGGGAAGAUAAUAUUAAUGUUGGAAUAACUGGUAGACAAAUGAUUAGCAACGACGAUGAUAGUGGCGAGAAUGAAGAGUUUAGUAAUAUUGCGCCAAGUAUGCCGAUUUUGACCGAUGAAGAUUCGGAGGGCAGUAGUGAUGAAAGUGUCAAAGUGGAUUAAUGACUGAGAGGAAAAUAUGAUCUCGAAAUACUUUUGGGGAUUUACCAGCAAUUUGCCGAGGAAUUAUUGGGUAUUGGUGCUUGUUAUGUUAGAUUUAAUGCUGAAAAUUGUUAAUGAUGCAAGAAAUUUUGUUCUUUGUAGUUUUUAGGGUUGAAAAUUGACACGGUACAAAAUAACUUGCUUUUAAAUAUGCUAUUUUAACUAAUUAUGUUAAAUUUACAGUGUUGCGGGCAAUUUAUUGCAAACAUAAAAAAAUAAUCAAGGGAAUUUGAAUUGCCAUUGCCAUUUAAACGAGUCCAGAUGCCAUAAGUAGAAAAGUGUGUGCCAUGUAUGGCUGGCACGAAAAAUAAAUUGUGCCAAAUAGAUAGCAAAUCUUACAUUUAGGAAGUAAAAAUUAUUCUCCUUGUACAAAAGCUCAGUGCCAUUAAAGUUUAUGUUACAUAAACAAAAAAGUUGUAAUAAAUCUCAAAACAUAUAUUUAUCGAUAAAAAUGUCACUUAUCCCAAAAAGAUAAUAUAUGGUUGAAAUUGUAAAUCUAAAAUAUACUAAGUAUUAUAAAUGUUGUGCCCCCAUUGUAAAUAAAACCUAUUUAUAUGUUAAAUGUCAGUUUUCAGCUGCACUUCGACUGAUGUAGUUCACGGUGCCAUAUCACCGCUAAAUUUAUGGUUGUUAAAAGAAUUUAAUGAGAAAAAAUGUGGAACUAAAGAUCCUAUUUUUGUAUUAUAGAAAACUUUUCAAAUUUCUUGUUAUAGUAAUGAGAUGUUUAUAUUUUCGUUUCGAGUAGUUUUUAUAACUUUUUAACUAAAAGCUUUAAUUAAUUCUUUAGGGUUAUUUAACAUGUUUUCUAAAUGCCAAAUAACACAGUUUUUAAUACAUUCCGUAGAUUUUUUUAUGUUUAGUUUUAAUAAACGAAAAUGUUGACUAAAAAGUUUUAUUUUUUUGUUAUUUAUUGAGUGUGGGCGGACGGCUGGCACCAACUUUUAAAUUCAUUUAUAUACAUCUUAGUCAAUAAAUUAGUUGUCAAUAUAUUUUAAUAAUAGCUAAAAAGCCAUGUGUCAUGAAGAAUUUUGGGAAAUAUUCUCGUUUGCCUUAUACAAAGUGUCUUUUAAAAUUAAAUUGGUCAAUGAAUUGAUGCUUGGGUCAUCGAUAACUCUUGCCAAUAUUUCAAAUAAACUAUUAAUUAUAACAAAAACAUAUUUUAUCAAAAUCAAAUAACAAAAGAUGCACUUAAAUUUAAAAAAAGGCCUAAAUUUAAAAAAGUAUAAAAUAUAACCCCCUCCUCCUUGUAAAAAAAACUAUGUAUAAUAGCGUGUAAAUACAUUCAUUUAAAUUAACUUCUAUAUAUUUUGUACAUACAUAAUUUAAAAAGUGUUAAUAUAUCUUUUUUGUUAAUUAAUUUGUUAUUUUUGACACUGCAACAGCUUUGAUCGGCACCCCUUUGUUUUGAUUUUUGUUUUUAAUUAACACAAUGGCUUUUUCGAUAUUUUUUUGAUUUUAUAACUGUCUUUAUUAUUUAUUUAGAACUGUUUAACAAAAUUUUUGGUUGCAACCGGAAAAACCAAAAAAUUUGUCUAAAACACGUGCUAUUUCUAUGUUAAAGAAACAUUCAAUCACACAAGGCUGUAAAAUCUUAUCGUAUUUUCUAAAUGUGAUAUUUGAAUACAUGGAUAUUGUCUUUAAAUAUUAAAUACAAUACUGUAAUAUAAACAUGAUUGUAAGUUGUUAUUUAUAAAAUAAGAAAACAAUUGAAAUUUUGAAGCAGUAAAAUCUUAUCUUUUAUAAAUAAUAUGUUGAUGUUGUCAAAAGAAUGUAUUUCCCAACAAAAUAAUAAAAUAAAUUAUGUAAAAAUAAGA